AUGUCUUCGUCUCUGAAAUCUCUGGCUCUGCGCGUGCCCAGAGCAACUUCCAGCAAGUCUCCUACGGCCAUUAUCCGAUGCUGCUCGAAAGCUUCCAUGUCGACCGCCACUCGACCGGCCGGCCUCACAAACGCCGCUCCCUCGCAACCGAGUAGCUAUGCCAUGUCCAUGAAAUUGCACAGCUACAGCCUUGCUGCAUCGAGCAAAUCCGUUCUUCGACUUGUUCCGAGGGCCCGCACGACCUCACCUAUGACGAUUACCUCGCAGGCUCGAUGCUUUGCCAGUGCCGCCUCAUCAACGUCCAGCUCGGGGACUUCCUCCGGGGCAGGUGCCGCUGCAUCCAAGUCCACUCUAGACUGGGACUCUUUCUUCAAGUUGCGACUUCGCCGUCGACGUAUCCAGCUGUUCUUCUCCGUAACGACGGGCUUGCUUGGUGGUGCCGGUGGUGCCAUUCUGCUGUCCACGGGCAUGGCGGAGCCCGUGGUGAUGCAAAUUCCUCUGGACCCCUUCGUCACACUGGGUCUCAUGACGCUGGCUUGUGCUGCCAUGGGGUGGCUCGUGGGCCCUAGCAUUGGAAACCAGGUGUUUUACCUUCUCAACCACCGCCUGAAGGCCCAAAUGAUGAGCAAGGAGACGGAGUUUUUUGCCAGGGUGAAGAAGAACCGAGUUGAUCCUACCAACUCCAGUGCAGGUAAUCCAGUGCCCGAUUUCUACGGCGAAAAGAUCCAAAGCGUCUCCGGAUACCGACAAUGGCUCAAGGACCAGCGGGCCUUCAACAAGAAGAAGACUAGGGCGUUUGUGUGA